AUGACCGAUGACCUUUGGUGAUUCUGUAAAACCCUCACAGCCAAACUGAGAAACACAAUCGGAGCAACAAUGGCCGAAAAUAUGGAUCGACAAACCCUAGAGAAGAGACCCGCAAUCUUCGUCGUCGGAUCCCCCAAUGUUGGCAAACGAACUCUACUCUCACGACUACUCGGCGUGGAUUUUGAAGAUUCCCCCGAUCCAUCACCCGAGUUACUUGUCCACGGGUGGACAAUCAACACAAAGUAUUACACGGCGGAUGUUUCAGUUUGGACUGCUCAUCUUUGUGACGAGUUAUCCAUCACAAGCUUUCCAGCUAUUGAACGAUUAGUCGCCCUUGUGAUGGUUUUCGACGUUAACGAUCUCUCGUCGCUUGUUGUUCUUAAAGAAUGGGUUUCUCAAACCGAAAUUCAGAAGUUUGAUGUACUGCUAUGCAUUGGUAAUAAGGUAGAUCUUCUUCCAGGUCAUCCAGCUCAUAUAGAGUACAAGAGACGCUUGCUUAAGCAUGGAGAAUCUUCCGUAGAUCCUCAUCUAGACUUCUCAGAGUACGGUAUAUCUGAAACUGAAGGGAGUAGUUUAUUGGGAGAUGAAGAACCGUUAUCGGGAUUUAAAACAUCGUGCUUAGAAUGGUGUCUCGAACAUAAUAUUGAAUACGUUGAAGCUUGUGCAUCUAACGCUGAUUUUGACCGAUGUCUGUCUGUAGACGGUGAUUCGCAGGGUGUUGAGAGACUUUUCGGGGCACUCUCUGCUCAUAUGUGGCCUGGAAUGCUGUUGAAGUCCGGUGAUAAGAUAAACGAACCCUCAAUGCCCGAUCAAGAAGAUUCGUCGGAAGAAGAAUCUGAUUACGAACCCGAAUACGAAAUAUUAUCUUCUGGUUCAGCAGAACCAUGGGAUGACGUAGGAUGGGUUUCUGCAGAAGGGCCUGUUUCGAUCCCGGGAAAUGGGAAACAGUUAGAAAGUGAUAUUAACUCUCUAAAUCGAGAGCUUGUAGUCAAUUCAGUUGGAGAAGAAAACCAGCCAUCCACAUCAGCUAGUCGGGCCCAUGGAGCUGACAAAGCGUCAGAGAAUGACGACGAGGACGGUGAUGAUGACAAAGCGUAUGAUUUUGAGGAUUUGGAAACGCUGAUGUCUGAAAUCGGUAACAUGCGCAAUGGGUUAAGGUUGAUGCCCGAUUUCCAGAGGAGGGAAAUGGCUGCGAAACUGGCCAUGAAAAUGGCUACAAUGUUCGGUGAUAGUAGCGGUGAAGAAGAGGAUACGAUUGAUGAGAGCGAGAAAAAAUGAAGUAACUAUGGAGUAAAUUCGACGGUAUAAAAUUGAAGUUUCGACAGCUUCAAAGUUUCUAUUUUCACUGCCGUGGUCCGAUGGAGAAGCAACGGCAAAAUGAAAGAGGUUAGUAAGCAGUCGAGACUGGAUAGAAUUAAGUGCGGAUUAUUAUAAGUUUAUUUGGAUAAUUAGGUCAGUUCUUGAAAACAGUAUUAUUAUAUUCUUGAAAAUAUGUUUUUGAUAUAUAUAUGUUGCGUAUAAGCAAUGAAUUAGGGGGGGGGUGCCCAAUUUUAGUUAACAGGUGAUGUAAGUGUAUUAAAUGAUGAUGGGUUUAUAGACUUUUUCGGGUACUUGAUAUUUAAAAAAAGAAAAGCACCCGAGAGAAGAAACUCCGAUUGAAGCUAUACUCGAAAUAACGGUUUUGCCCAAACUUGCAAAGCUUUUGCAGUCCAGCCAAAAAGUGGCAAACCUAUCAUAUUUCAUGUGCCUUGUUGUUCUUGUUUCCGAUAGUUCCAGUUUCCGACUUU